UUACUAUGAAGCUACCCUAAUGAAGACAAUGUGGUGUUGGCAAAGAGUAGAGAAAUAGGUCGGUGGGACAAAGUAGAGAGCUGGGAACAGAUGCGGACAGUACAGUCGCCGACUUUGAUGAGGGCAAGGGCAGUCAGUGGAGUAAGGAUAGUCUUGGAUAGUCUUUCCAAUGAACGUGCUGGAUCGGCGAGGUCUGCAUGUAAAAAAUGAAUGUAGACACAGAUUUGACACCCUUCACAAAAAAUAGUUCAAAAUGGAUCACAUACAAAACUUACUCCUAGAAGAUGACACAGGAGAAAACCUAGGCGACCUCAGGUGUGGCAGUGAUUUUCAGAUACAGCAGCAAAGGCACCAUCCGCGAGCAAAAUAGCUGAUCAGCUCAACUUCAUGAAAAUGAAAAUCUCUGCUGUUCAAGACAGUGGCAGGAGAAUGAGAUGACAAGGCAUAGUCUGGGACAGUGUUUACAAAGCUGCAUGUAAUAAAGGACUAUUACCUAAAAUAUACAAAGAAGAGGAGACAAGCGGCACCGUUAAGAAGCGGGCCGGAGAGCUCACCGACGCGGCAGAGAAGACGUACAGUGGCGAAUGACCAAAUAAAAGAUGCUCCACGUCACGUCAUCGGGGAGAUGCAUCGGGGAAGCGAGAUCCCACGACACACCUGCUGGGAUGGCCAAAAUCCAGAGCACCCACGACACCAGAUGCCGGCGAGGACGCGGGGCAGCAGGGACGGGCACUCCCGGCCGGCGGGAGAGCAGAACGAGCCGCGUGGCUCAUCGGCUGUAGCCCUGCACCACUCCGGCGGGGAUGGCGGUAGCUGGGGAGACUGCACGGGAGCUGGGCUAGGGCUGCACGGGAAAUCACUGUACUUUCCCCUCGAUUUUGCUCUAAAAGCUGUUUUCCCUCUGUGCCCAGGGCAAAGUGUUGUGUGUAUGUGUGAGGGCAGAGUCAUAGGAGGGGAGACUGCCUUUUUGGAGCACACAGGACCCUCUGGUUGAAAAACAGGACCUGAGAUGCUAAGGGGACCUCCUCACUUCGGUGGAAUUCAGGCACUAAGGAGCGCAUGCUUAUCAAAGUUGCUGACCGGGAGCCCAGCUUCCUCUCCUCCCAGGGCAAUGGCUAUGCCCUAGACAGCCACGCCAGCAGCCGCUCCCGCAGACCCUCAGGUGGGCAACACUCGCCCAGCCUACAGACGUUCGCCCAGGACUCUGACGGCCCCAUCUUCUUUCCUGAACGGCGGCCUUCACCCUUCCUGAAGAGGGCUGAGCUAGGGAGUUGCUCCCCACUGCUGGCCCAGCCACGCAAGCCCACCAGUGACUCCCAGCCCUCCUCCCCACGCUACGCCUAUGAGCCCCCACUCUACGAGGAGCCCCCUGUGGAGUACCAGGCCCCCAUCUAUGAUGAGCCCCCCAUGGACGUCCAGUGCGAGGCUGGCGGGGGUUACCAGGCCGGCUCACCGCAGCGGUCUCCAGGCCGCAAGCCAGCCCCCUUCCCCCAGUCUCCCAAGCAGGGCUCCUCUUCGCCCUCCCAGCAGCUAGUGCUGACCAGGCAGAGGUGCCCAGACCGCUUCCUUAGCCUAGAGUACAGCCCCGCCGGCAAGGAGUACGUGCGGCAGCUUGUGUACGUGGAACAGGCAGGCUCCAGCCCCAAGCUGCGCGGGGGCCCGAGGCACAAGUACGCUCCCGGUCCCGGAGGAGGCUCGCUCCCCCUGCAGCCCAGCCUCUGCCUGCUGCGGGACCAGCGCCUGGGGGUCUCCUCCGGGGACUACAGCAGCAUGGAGGGGCCCGAGCCGCGGCACACCCAGCCGCCCAUGCAGGUGCCCCAGGCCCAGGAUGACAGUAUGUCCUGGUCCAGCCAGCAGGACACCAUGUCCUCAACCAGCUACUCCCCAGGCACACGCAAGAGGAAGAGCAGGAACCCUUCUCUGUGCCGCGCCCCCAGCACCUCGGCCACCGAAGGCGCCGGGGACCGCGACCUCCUCGGGGAGCAGCCCCUGGCCGAGGAGCGGCCUCUGUGCGGGCCCAGCCUGGCCCCUGUGAAGCGGGCAGAGGGCAAGACGGGCGAGGCUGAGCCUUUCCUGGCGCAGGCGCGGCUGGCCUGGGAGGCGCAGCAGGCCCACUUCCACAUGAAGCAGCGGGGCAGCUGGGACUCCCAGCAGGAUGGCUCAGGCUACGAGAGCGACGGCGCUGUGCCCCUGCCCAUGCCGGGGCCCGUGGUGCGUGCCUUCAGCGAGGACGAGGCGCUGGCCCAGCAGGAUGGCAAGCACUGGCAGAGGGGUGCCUUGGAGAGGCUGGCUUUCCCCCAAAUCCUGCUUGAGAAAAGCGUCUCCGUGCAGACCAACCUGGCCUCACCAGAGCCCUACCUUCACCCCUCACAGUCCGAGGAUCUCGGCUCCUGUGCCCAGUUUGAGAGUAGCCGGCAGGCCCGCAGCGUCAUGCCCAGUGCCAGCUGUGUGUUCCCCCCCUUCACACUGCGCAAGCCAUCCUCAGAGACCGACAUUGAGAACUGGGCCUCCAAGCACUUCAACACGCACACCCAGGGCCUCUUCCGGCGGAAGGUGUCCAUCGCCAACAUGCUGGCCUGGAGCAGUGAGUCCAUCAAGAAGCCCAUGAUUGUGACCAGCGACCGCCACGUGAAGAAGGAGGCCUGUGAGAUCUUUAAACUGAUCCAGAUGUACAUGGGUGACCGGCGUGCCAAGGCUGACCCUCUGCACGUAGCCCUGGAGAUAGCCACCAAGGGCUGGAGCGUGCAGGGCCUGCGGGACGAGCUAUACAUCCAGCUGUGCCGGCAGACCACGGAGAACUUCCGCCUCGAGAGCCUGGCCCGUGGCUGGGAGCUCAUGGCCAUCUGCUUGGCCUUCUUCCCACCCACACCCAAGUUCCACUCUUACCUGGAGGGCUACAUCUACCGGCACAUGGACCCCGUCAAUGACACCAAAGUGACGCGGCAUAUGAAAGCGCUCCUGGAAAGGAACACUAAGAAGAAGUCCAAGUUGAGAAAGAAACCCAAGCCUUAUGUUGAGGAACCGGAUGGGGUGGCGAUAAGCACCUACGCCAAGUACUGUUACCACAAGCUACAGAAGGCAGCCCUGACUGGGGCCAAGAAGGGGCUGAAGAAGCCCAACGUGGAGGAAAUCCGGCAUGCCAAGAACGCUGUGUUCAGCCCGUCCAUGUUUGGCAGCGCCCUGCAGGAGGUCAUGAGCAUGCAGAAGGAGCGGUACCCGGAGCGGCAGCUGCCUUGGGUACAGACACGUCUGUCUGAGGAGGUGCUGGCACUCAACGGCGACCAGACAGAAGGCAUCUUCAGAGUCCCUGGGGACAUUGAUGAGGUGAAUGCCCUGAAGCUGCAGGUCGACCAGUGGAAGGUGCCCACCGGUCUGGAGGACCCCCACGUCCCUGCUUCGCUCCUGAAGCUGUGGUAUCGGGAGCUGGAGGAGCCCCUGAUCCCGCACGAGUUCUACGAGCAGUGCAUCGCGCACUACGAGAACCCCGAGGCCGCCGUGGCCGUGGUGCACGCGCUGCCGCGCAUCAACCGCCUGGUGCUGUGCUACCUCAUCCGCUUCCUUCAGGUGUUCGUGCAGCCCGCCAACGUGGCCGUCACCAAGAUGGACGUCAGCAACCUGGCCAUGGUGAUGGCGCCCAACUGCCUGCGCUGCCGAUCGGACGACCCGCGCGUCAUCUUCGAGAACACGCGCAAGGAGAUGUCGUUCCUCCGCGUGCUCAUCCAGCACCUGGACACCAGCUUCAUGGAGGGCGUGCUAUAGCGCGGGGAGGGGGGCCCAAGGACCGAGGGUGGGGACAGAGCCGACGCUCGGGGGGCGCCCGGGCAGGGGAGCACGCGGGGA